UCAAUUGCCCCCCUCAGAGUGCCCCCUUACAUUAACUGUCCUCAUCAGAGUGCCCCCUUACAUCAACUGUCCUCAUCAGAGUGCCCCCUUACAUCAACUGUCCCCAUCAGAGUGCCCCCUACAUCAACUGUCCUCAUCAGAGUGCCCCCUUACAUCACCUUUUCGCAUCAGAGUGCCCCCUUACAUCAACUGUCCCCAUCAGAGUGCCCCCUUACAUCAACUGUCCCCAUCAGAGUGCCCCCUUACAUCAACUGUCCCCAUCAGAGUGCCCCCUUACAUCAACUGUCCUCAUCAGAGUGCCCCUUUACAUCAACUGUCCCCAUCAGAGUUCCCCCUUACAUCAACUGUCCCCAUCAGAAGUGCCCCCUUACAUCAACUGUCCCCAUCAGAGUGUCCCUUACAUCAACUGUCCUCAUCAGAGUGCCCCCUACAUCAACUGUCCUCAUCAGAGUGCCCCUUUACAUCAACUGUCCCCAUCAGAGUGCCCCCUUA